GGUAAACAGGAAGUAAAAUGUUGCGUGGAGUCAGUGAGCGAAAACUUAAAAACCUGAUGAUUCUCGGUUUAGUUCUGGAGUUAAAAUCAGCGUCUUUUUUUCUAUGAUUUCUAAGCGGAUUUACGUUUAUUCGCGAUGGACAUCGGAGAUCAUGAUAUCACCGAAAGUGUCUGCUGUGUUACACUCUGCUGAAAAGGGUCAUUGUUUGGACACAUGAGAAGCGUCAGUGAACUGCAGGAUAAAAGGCAGAGAAGCAGCAGGGGCUGUCAAUACCUGCCUCAACACACCUGCUGAUCCUGAACCAGCCACACUCCCACUUCAUCUCCAUCAUCACCAUGGAGUUGCUCAGUAUGUCUCUCACACUCUGCACCCUUCUGACCCUGAGCCGAGCCUCACCGGUCAACUACACCAUGUCCAUGCACAUGGGCCUCUGCGAGUACUUGAUGCAGCACAGCCAAAACACUAUCGGAGCAUUCGUCCCGCAGUGUGAUGCCAACGGGAAUUUCCUCCCACAGCAGUGCUCGGGGUCGACCGGGUACUGCUGGUGCGUCAACGUCAUCACCGGAGGGGAGAUACCGAACACGAGCACACCGCCGGGGGCCCCACGUGUUAACUGUGAUAAACAAAGCUCCAGCUCAGAGAGUGAGGAAGAGCAUGGUGGGCAUCAUGAGACACAUCAGACAGAUAAACAAAGCUCCAGCUCAGAGAGUGAGGAAGAGCAUGGUGGGCAUCAUGAGACACAUCAGACAGACAGCAAUAUCUACUGCCCCCACGGCUGGUCCCGCUUUGGCAAACGGUGCUUCAUCUUCAUCGACAGCCCGAAGACAUGGGCUGAAGCCGAGAAUUACUGUCUGUUUGAAGGGGCCAACCUGGCAUCAAUCCACAGUGAUGAGGAGAAUCACUUCAUCCAGGAUCUGACCAGAGGAGACUCCCACGACUUCCCUGAAACCUGGAUCGGUGGCUACGAUGCCAUACAUGACUCUUUUUGGAUGUGGAGUGACGGCUCCAAGUUUAACUAUGAAAACUGGUACAAGGAGUACGAAAUGGAGAAAACUGAGGACUGUCUGGAGAUGAAUCAUGGAUUUGAGUUGAAGUGGAACUCUGACUCCUGCAAUGAGACUCACCCUUCUGUUUGUGCCAAGAUGAUCUGAACUCAGACCCAACAAUCGAAAACCAUCGGACAAGGUCCUAGGCUACACGUGCUGGAUCCAACAGUUGGAGUAAAGCUCUCUCUCCAAAAUGAGUUCCUCUCUCUUUUUUCCUUGUCUUCGUUAUAUAUGAUUAACAGAUAUUAGUUUUGUUUGCAGAGAUGUGGCUACCGAAGAUAUGGUUCGAGUCUGGCUAAUCCACCUACAACGAUUUAGUCCAGAUCUAUCCAUCCGAGCUCACUGUUGCUCUGAUUCUGGGCUAACCAGUCUUACUUGUGCCGUUUGUGUCAUAUCUGGGUCAGCAUAUUACCUCCUUCUUUUGUAUUAAGUGAAUACAAUCCACUAUGCUGCAAGAAUUGCAAUUCUAAUAUCAAUAAAACUGUCAAUAACACUGAA